GAAGGAGGAGUUUGAAAAUUUUUUUGACAAUAUAGAAAAAUUUGUCUUUCAUUACUCUAUAAAAUCCUAAAACGCGAGAUCAAACGGAGCAACUUUUCGUAACCGGCGGAGUCCAUUGAAAAAUACUCUUAACUGUUUCGUGAAGAAAGGUUUCUCAGUUGAUACACAUGCAGACUCAACGUGAUCCGACUCAGAGAUGUAGAAUUGAUGAUCACUAAUGAGUACAGCUAGAUAGACAUGACGAUUCAACCUAACCUAAUACGACAAAGAAGUACAAAACGACGAGAUCUAAAUGCUAGUACUAGCCAAAGACUGAAGCACCAUAAGUAAUAAGUAAAGAGCAACGUGCUGUACGUGGAUUUUAUCAAACUCUUAAGGACUUACUAUUUGUCAGCCGGUCAUCAUCUUACUUGAGUAUGUAAUACUUAAUCCGGUAUAAACUUGUUUCUAGCGUUGCAAUGCUAUGAACACGAUUUAUGCAUCAAUUGUCCAGAUUUAGCUGGAAAAGUGAAAACUUGUUCAAGUAGUGAAACUAAAUGCUGGGUAAUUUCUUUUCCUGUCAUCUUUGUAACCAAAAUUUGCUUUAUUUGAACAUAUAUCUUUUUUUAUUAGAAAUUAGCUAUUCCGUUGAGAGGUGUCAAAAGAGGAUGUGGUGAAAAUCGUUGUAACGUUCAAAUUGAUACUGGUGUAUUUCAAACUGCAAAUCUUUGCUGUGAUUCAAAUUUAUGUAAUUCGGCACCAAAAUCAACAAAUGUGUUUAUUGUUGCUAGCACUAGUGUUAUUCUUGGUCUUGUUCUCCACGAACAAUGUUCAUCAAAUUGCCCACAACUGGCAAAUACAAUUAAAACAUGCACUGGUACCGAUAACAAAUGUUACAAAACUGCAAGUGGUGUUGGUGUUUCACGUGGUUGCGGAAAAGAUCGUUGUGAUUUACAAAUAAAUGCCAAUUCAAUAAUGGCUAAUGUUUGUUGUGGUAACGAUUUGUGUAAUACGGGUACAAAAACAACAACAACAGCAACAUUCGGUGCUUUAUUAAUUGCUCUUGGUGUAUUCUUCUAUGGACGUAUGUAA